AUGGGGAAUGGACAUGAAGCACUCCGAGAUUUCAUCAACCACAUUCUGGAUUCAAAACUGAUGAGAUUUCCAGAGAGUCAGGGAGAGAUUUACACUGAUUGAGACUUCUGCCUGAAUAUGCAAUGCGUAAGUAACCCGAAGAAAGGGCUGUGAGUAGGUUUUGUUACAGGGCUCUGUUUUUGAGGAGCAGGAACAAAAUAACCUAGGUUAUUCUGAUUAACUGGGGGAAAAAAUUGUCUAAUUUAGAUGAUUUUUUUAAUCUGAAGUUAAUAGCCUGCUCUUGAUGUCCCGUUUGUCAGAAACUGAGUCUGGUACCAAACGGUAGCUGUGAGGAGAGGAUGCUCGUGACCCAAUAGGAGACUUCAAACGGCGAAUACAACCUUCAAAUCCAAAUCAACACGAGGACGACAGUUACAAGUCUUAAGUCUUCAGCUCCACGAAUGGUGGGUGGGCCAGUUCUUGCUAUGGGUACCGAAUCUGCUAGCAUGAUUGGGAACAACUUCAUUGCCUGUGUGAAGAUC